UUUAAAAGGCGGCAGUUUGGUUGUUCCAGUGUGAACUUUUGGGGGCUCGUUUUGUGCUGUGUGUGAGCUGAGUGUGUGAGCUGUGGCAGUAACAAUGCCUUCAGUUCAGUCUCUGAGAGAGUUUAUCAACGAGCGACUAACUGCUGCUGCUGAACAAAUAUUCUUGGAGUUUGAAAAAACGAUCGUCCAGUACGAGGAAGAGAUCGACCGUCAGCGCAGACUGCUGGAUAUCACCUGGAAACCCCAAAUCAAGCUGCACAGGACAGACGUCCCACAGCAGCAGGUCUGUGAGGAGGAGGAGGAGGUUCUCCCUGAGCAGCAGCUCUGUGACCAGGAGAGGAGCUCCAGUGUGGACCAGGAGGAACCAGAACCUCCACAGAUUAAAGAGGAACAGGAGGAACUGUGCAGCAGUCAGGAGGGAGAGCAGCUGGGACUGAAGGAGGAGCCUGAAGUUCAUCAUGAUCCUGUGCAGUACGAGGAAGAGAUGGAGCGUCAGCGCAGACUGCUGGAUAUCACCUGGAAACCCCAAAUACAGCUGCACAGGACAGACGUCCCACAGCAGCAGGUCUGUGAGGAGGAGGAGGAGGUUCUCCCUGGGCAGCAGCUCUGUGACCAGGAGAGGAGCUCCAGUGUGGACCAGGAGGAACCAGAACCUCCACAGAUUAAAGAGGAACAGGAGGAACUGUGCAGCAGUCAGGAGGGAGAGCAGCUGGGACUGAAGGAGGAGCCUGAUACCUUUAUGGUGACUGCUGCUGAGGAAGGAGACCACAGUGAACCAGGAGGAGACGGGGAGCAGCUCCUCUGUGAUGACUCUCCUCAAAGUGAAAUCACAGAUGAAGAAUCCAGCAAGUGUGAAGAGUCAGGGUUAAGUGAAACUGUGACCUCAGUGCCAAAGAAGAGACCGAAGCGAGACAGAAGUCACGAUGAUGCGGAGAGCUGGGCUGUGUCAGAGAGUCCCUGCAAUGCUGCCACAGGUAGAGAGUCUGAUGUUUGCCAAAAAUCCAUCAAGAAUCAGGCCCAAAGAAAGAAACCCCACACUGAUGUGAAACCGUAUUCUUGUGAUACAUGUGGGAAAAGUUUCAGAGCUAGAAGUACGUGGAAACGUCACCUUGUAACUCACACUGGUGAGAGGCCAUAUCCCUGUGAUACAUGUGGGAAAAGUUUCAGUCGAAGCAGUAAUUUGUAUGAUCACAUGAGAACGCACACAGGUGAGAGGCCAUAUCCCUGUGACAUGUGUGGGAAAAGUUUCAGUCGAAGCAGUACUUUGUAUAUUCACAUGAGAACCCACACAGGUGAGAAGCCAUAUCACUGUGAUACAUGUGGGAAAAGCUUCAGUCAAAACAGUAAUUUGUAUAUUCACAAGAAAACUCACACAGGUGAAAAGCUGUUUGCUUGUGACACAUGUGGCAAAAGCUUCACUGAUAGAAGUACCUGGAAAUACCACCUUAUCACUCACACAGGUGAGAGGCCACAUCGCUGUGAUACAUGUGGGAAAAGUUUUACUCGAAGCAGUCAUUUGUAUAUACACAUGAGAACUCACACAGGUGAGAGGCCAUAUCCCUGUGAUACAUGUGGGAAACGUUUCAGUUCAAGCAGUCGUUUGUAUAUUCACAGGAGAACCCACACAGGUGAAAAGCUGUUUACGUGUGAAACAUGUGGGAAAAGUUUCAGUCGAAAAAGUAUAUUGAUGUAUCACAAGAAAACUCACACAGGUGAGAAGCCAGAGGCUCGUAAAACGUUUCAGUGUGAGUAGGAAUUUGAUAGACUGCAUGAGAACUCUCACAGGUUGUUGUUUUCCAGAAAUAUCUGUCUUUUAUGCUGUAUUCCUGUUUGUGGUCACUGUUUUAUUUGAGACUCAGAAUCCCUCUGGCCCUUUCUGCCUGCUUUAGUCUGUAAUGGUCUGUUUAGAGCACGUUGUUUCUUCUCAUGCGUUCAUGUAUUUUUUUUAUCCACUUGUUUUGGGGUUUCUUUUCAGCCUUUAGAGGUGAUCCUAAAAAUUUGUAACCUUAUGUACCAUAUUUCUUGGAGUAUAAGGCACACUUAAAAUCCUUUAAUUUUCUCAAAAAUCGACAGUGCGCUUUAUAAUCCUUAUGUAUGAAUUCUGUUUGUACUUACUGACCUCAAACCGAUUUUAUGUGGUACACGGCGCUCAAAAAUCUGUCAAAUGUUUUAGUACGACUUUGGUAAGCCAUGAAGCCGCACCGCUUGAUGGAUAUUCGGAUCAUUACGGCUACCGUAGUCAGGAGCCUCGCGGAGUAAUCUGGGUCCAAAACUCCGCUUCAGGUCACAAAGUCAAACGAACACUGCAGCAUCACUGAGAGUUAAAAACUGUCUAAAUUCUUUCAUCUUUAAUAAAAUGAUCAGUGUGGCUUCUUUACCAGGUGUAACAAUUAAAUUAGACUUCUGGCUAAGACGGUGUAGCAGUAAGCCACAUGUUUCGGAGCUCUGCUGCAUUUUUUUUUUUUUUUUAAAUUCUGAAAUUUCCUACUUCACACUUUUAUAAACUCUUAUCUUGUUAUACCAGAAGGAAGAGACAAACUAAAAUGCCAAAGAAACAAGGUAAAUGUCUCACAAGGAAAUGGACAUGACAAAGUUUGCGGCUAGUGUGCUACAUGGUGGCGUUGAGGACGAGGAAGAAACUAACAAGGAUGUUACAUCAGCUACACCGCCAGUUGAAAAUAAAGGUGAAAUUAUGAAAGCUAUCGACACUUAAGUCAGAGUUUUCCGGCAGACUGGACCGUGUGCUUUCCGCUGUGCGAGAAGACAUACAGGGAUGCGUUGAGAGAGUGACACAAGUGGAGAAUCGCAGUUAAAAAGCUGGAAAAGGAGGCAGAGACGCUCCGCUCAAAGGUCAAUGGCCUAGAGAACAGUAGUCGCAGAUCCAACUUGAGAUUGAUCCACCUACCUGAAGGAGCAGAACGAAGAGAUGCAUGUGCUUUCAUGGAGAGCUGGCUCCCCGAAGCACGCUAAGGAGCCCACUGGAUGUUGAAAGAUGUCACAGUCUUCCCUCAAAUAAUCCUGAGGCACCUCGGCCUGUCAUUAUGAAGUUUUUAAACUUCAGAGACAAAGUGUUAAUCCAGAAUCUCGACAGAAAGGGAAGGUCUUCUACAAAAACCAGCAGGUGAUGUUUUUCCCAGAUAUUUCGGCAGAGCUUCAUAAACAACAAAAGAACUAUAAAGAGAUCAAACAGAAGCUGCGAGCCAAAGGAAUUCGUUAUGGGAUAUUGUAUCCAGCACGCUUGAGGGUCACGCACGAAGGUCGCACAAUCACGUUCAGAUCCCCGCCUAGGCACAACGUUUCAUCGAGAGCUUGGACCACAGAACGUAGACUACAACAGAAACAGGCUGAUAGCUUAACACGAUGACAGUUCUGUAGGUCGUGAGUACUGUUUGCUUAAUACAUCAUGUAGCUGGUUUGUGUUUCAUAACUUUGAGAUAUAUUUGUUAAACAGGCUUAUUUCUCAACAAUAGUCGGGUUAGGCUUAGCAGCAAAGCUAAGUUAGUGAGUAGUUGCUGUUGACAUAAGUUGGAGUAUUAAGAGAAGGGGAGGGGAAAUUUCUUUAAAUGUUGGUAGAGGUUCAAGGUUUAACUGUUUAAGGGUUAAUGUUCUAGCUGUG